AUGGCAACUGGAUACCGCAAUCCCAUCAUCCCGGGCUUCAACCCCGACCCGACCAUUAUUUGUGUCGGGGACGACUACUUUCUCGCAACCUCGACCUUUGAGUACUUUCCUGGCGUACCCAUCUACCACAGCAAGGACCUCACCAGCUGGGAGCUCAUCGGACAUGCCCUCAACCGCCCUACGCAACUCACCAUGCGUUCCCCCGAGGCCGGUGGAGGCAUCUACGCUCCUACGCUCCGCCAUCACAACGGUCGGUUCUACAUGAUCACCACGUGCAACCACCGCAUGUCGCAGCGCGCUCCACACGAGACCAGGCCCGGAGUCCGUGGCUUCUUUGUCUGGACGGACGACAUUUUCGACGAGACCAAGUGGAGCGAGCCCGUGUUCAUGGACCUCCUUGGCAUUGACCAGGACCUCUUCUUUGACGACGAUGGACAGGUCUACCAGGCAUGGGCUGCCCACCGUCCCAACGUCCCACUCUUCCCCUCCCCAGGCGUAUUCAAUCUCUCAGUCUACGGUGCCAAGAUCGAUAUCGCGACGGGCGACACGCUCUCGGAACCGGUCCUCCUUCGCUUCAACCCGGCCACCGGGAACCAAGUGAGCGAGGGGCCACACAUCUUCAAGCGCGGCAACUACUACUACCUCAUCACCGCCGACGGUGGCACCGAGGUAGAGCAUCAGGAGUGGGUGCAGCGUUCCGAUGUGUCGCCGCUGGGACCGUGGGAGGUCGGCCCGAAGGGUGUCAACCCCAUGGUCUUCAACGACGACGACCCCUACGUCCAGCAAACCGGUCACAUGGACAUGGUUGAGGGCCACGACGGGCGCUGGUGGGCCGUCUUCCUCGCCGUGCGCAACCACAACGGCAACCUCAGCCAGCUCGGCCGCGAGACUUUCCUGGCACCUGUCGAGUGGGUCAACGACUGGCCGAUCGUCAACGGCGGCAAGCGCAUCACUGUCGACGGCGAUCCCAGUGUUGGAUUGGCCAGGAUCUCGCCGGCUCAGUCAUGGAGCUACGACUUUACGGCAGACACAAACCUCACCAAGGAAGGGUUUUACAACCUGCGCACCCCUCAGAAGGCAUUCCACUCUCUCGUUUCGCACCCGGGAUCGCUCGCGAUCCGCGGUGGACCCUUCCGUCUGGAGCAGGACGAGUCGGUCACGAUGCUGCUCAAGAAGCAGACCGCCUUCACUGGCGAGUGGACGGCGGAUGUCGCGUUCCAGCCGUUGGCUGAGAGUGAGGAAGCCGGCGUCACGGUAUGGUGGUCAAAGUGGUGCUAUGCGAGCUUCACCCUCCGUGGAAAGGCACCAGUGGAUGGUAGCCCGGUUCCCACAGAGCUUGUCUUCCGCAGGCCCGACGAUGGAGAUGGCUUUACCGAGACCGUGUUCCCUUCGUCUGGUCCGGCCGUGUCAGUCCGAGUGGUCGCGGCGAGGGAUGGCUACACCUUUUACGCAACCCAGGAGGGCGGCAAGGAAAUCCAGGUCGGUACCAUCGAGGCCACUGCCCUCGUGCGGACCCGUCCAUGGGACUCGCCCUUCACUGGCACCUUUUUGGGCCUCUUCGCACAGGGCAAGCAUGGUCAUGGCUGCCGGUCGCCAGCCGUGUUCUCAAAGUUCACUUGGAACAGUAACGGCGACGAGUAG